GGAGGCAGUGGAGACAUAGCGCAAGAGCUCUCGUAAAGCGUAGGUCACCAGUAUUUGCAUUGGCAGCUGCAAAAUUGAAAGUUUAAAGUCAUAUUUUACACGCGGAAAAAUAUUUGUAUAACAUGGGCAACUGUCAUACUGUAGGACCAAACGAAGCACUCGUGGUUUCAGGUGGCUGUGGUAGAUCAGAUGAGAAGGUCUAUGUGGUGGGUGGAUGGGCAUGGGCCUGGUGGUGUUGCUCAGACACUCAGAGGAUAACCCUUGAGAUCAUGACCCUCCAGCCCAAGUGCGAGGAUGUGGAGACGGCGGAGGGGGUGGCCAUCACGGUCACUGGGGUGGCCCAGGUGAAGGUUAUGACUGACAGCGAAUUGCUGGCCAUUGCCUGCGAGCAGUUCCUGGGAAAAUCUGUGAUGGAAAUGAAAAGCAUCGUCUUGCAAACUUUAGAGGGGCAUUUACGGUCAAUUUUGGGCACUCUGACAGUGGAGCAGAUCUACCAGGACAGAGACCAGUUUGCCAUGCUGGUGCGGGAGGUGGCGGCUCCUGAUGUUGGGCGUAUGGGCAUUGAGAUUCUCAGCUUCACCAUUAAGGAUGUCUAUGACAAGGUGAACUACCUGAGCUCCCUGGGGAAGACCCAGACGGCCGCGGUGCAGAGGGAUGCAGCCAUCGGUGUGGCGGAGGCUGAAAGGGAUGCGGGAAUCAGGGAAGCUGAGUGUAAAAAAGAAAUGCUCAGCAUCACAUUCGUGGCUGACACCAAGAUGGCCGACUCCAAACGAGAGGUGGAAAUUCAGAAAGCUGCUUUCAACCAAGAGGUUAACGCAAAGAAAGCAGAGGCCGAGCUGGCCUACGAGCUGCAGGCCGCCAAGGAGCAGCAGAAGAUCCGGAGGGAGGAGAUCGAGAUCGAGGUGGUGCAGAGGAAGAAGCAGAUCUCCAUCGAGGAGAAGGAGAUCGUCAGGAAGGAAAGGGAGUUGGAAGCCACUGUCAAGAGGCCUGCGGAGGCUGAGGCCUACAAGAUCCAGCAGCUGGCAGAGGGAAUGAAGACAAAGAAGGUGCUCACGGCCCAGGCCGAGGCAGAGAAGAUACGGCAGAUAGGAGAGGCGGAGGCAGCCUCUAUCGAGGCAGUGGGGAAGGCCGAGGCUGAGAAAAUGAGGCUGAAAGCAGAGGCAUACCAGCAGUAUGGAGACGCAGCCAAGACUGCCCUCGUCUUGGACGCCCUGCCUAAGAUCGCAUCCAAGGUGGCAGCUCCGCUGGCCAGAACCAACGAGAUCGUCAUCCUGAGUGGGGAGGGCAGCCGUGUGUCCAGGGAGUUGAACCAUCUUCUUGCUGAGCUGCCCGUGUCUGUCAAUGCCCUCACCGGGGUGGACCUCACCAAGAUCCCUUUACUGCAAAAGAUGAGCAGUGCUCAAGCAUGAAAACGACUGACCCCCUCCUGCUGAAAAAAGUCUGAUUUAUGCACUCACAUCAACUGCCUUCAAACACUUUUUUUUCUACUAACAAGUGGAUUUUUUAGACCUCUGGUGCCUUAAUGUUUUUAUAGGACCAGAAUAUCUGCAUGUACCACCACACCUCUUUAUUAUUUUGGUUGAAUUAUUUUCUUUGAAUAUUUCAAUCAUUUUUCAAAAGGGGAAAACAAACAACAAAAUGUGUGCAGGGAUGAAAAUACACCCACUUUCUUUUGUAAAUGUACUUGUUUUGGUUUAAAAAAAAAGUUUAAUCUUGUUUAAUCUCGUAGGUGAAUCUCAGAUUUGAGGUAAGGUGUAUGCUCCUGCUGUUUGUCCUUCUGUCCCUAGAGUUUACUCCACACUCUUUUCUUUUUCCCUGGUGUUUUUGUUAUGCCAAGAGACCUGACACUGAGGUCAAAUUUGUGAACAAACUGAUAGAUGGAGGGUUGAGCCGUUGCUUUUACACCGGUAGAAAUAGCGCUACUUACGUUGGUUAGUAAGCCUACCUCUUCCAAAGGGAUAUAUUCACAAUCACCUUUAGGAUCCUUUUUGAAAAGAAGAACAAUGGCUCUGGAACAUCUUUGAAACCUUGCCAAACUUUGGGUCAGAAACAUAGUUGUAGGUGAAAAUGGCCACUUGAUGUACAACUUUAAUAUACAGUAAUCUGAACUGAAAACUGAAAAAAGUUUGUACUUUUGAGGAAUAUUUAUAUCUUCUUUGUCUCAGAGAUCUCAUAGCAGGUGAGUGGUUGGAAUAGCUGACGUUUGCCAUAAUUCAGGCCUGUUGGUAUAUAUAUAUUUCUUCGUUAUUCAGGAUGCACUACAGUUCAUCUCAGAUGUCUUAUAUUGUUGAUAUUUGCCUUACCUCAGAAGAACCCUGUGAAUUACACCACAAAUGUUUUGGCAACGUAUAAAAAUGUCAGCACCAUACAGAAGCUGCUUUCUUUGCUCUGUUUCUGUGAGGGGCAAGAGGUGAACAUGAUAUGAGUCUGGAUUCAGGCUGUGAGCUUGGGGGCGUAAAAUAUUCACAGGAAAAAAAAUUCUCUUGUACCAGUACAAGAGCGUUGUACACUGAGCGUUCAAGCUUUUGAGCAUAACUGUCCUACUAUUGUUUGCGUGUCCUUGAUAUUGACAUUGGCAAGAUGCAUGCCACAAACAUACCAGCCAUACUGAAUUUGAGCUGUGCUUUGUCCUCCUAUCAGUGCUGUUGGACAAUCCAUAUACAUAACAGAUCGAAAAAUGAUAAAGCAAUGCUGAUGUCUUAAAUGUAUUUCUGUUUUCUGUCAGGCGAAUUUGAUCAGAUCUUUGUGAUUAUUUUGAAGGCCCUGGUCUCGGUGCUGAGGCCCCAGGAGACAGAACGGCUGAGCCCAGGGCCUGUGCCUGAAAAAGAGACAGAAGCACUUUAAACCUAAACAUCUGCCGGAAUUCCAUCAAGAUCACUGUAGCUUGGAGUGCUGAGAAUAGCAGGCCGUUGCAUAUUUCAGAAUCCAAGCGUUGCCUGCAUGCUUAUAAAUAUACAUGUUAAGCCAUUUUGAGAAACAGCCUUAAUAGAACUGCCCUCAGAAUUUUCUCUUGCUCCAAAUACUCUACACAAAAGCCAGUGACCACAUUAAGCACUCAGCUUGCCAUUUCUGAGGCUGAACCUCAGCAUGAAGGUAUAAUUCUCCCACUGUUCUUAUCAGUUUCUAGUGUUUUUUGAUGAUGUGAGUCAGUGUGAAAUUGGCGGUUUUCUACUGCAGUAGUGUUCUGUAUUGAAUUGAUUUUAUGGUAGCUUU